CCGACUGGUCGGCGGGGCCGUGGGUUGGCAGGCCGCCUGAAUCGGGUGCACUUGUUUCCCCUUCCAGCAGACACACACUGACUGCUCCAGUGCCGCGUCAACUCAAGCGCACUGCCUCUCAACGCACCCUCUGCAAAGCGGCAGAGGUGUUCCACAUGCCCACCGCACCCACACAUGUUCUACCAUUGAAAGCUGGCACAACCGUCUCGGUUCUGUUACAUUGGCAAUCACGUCGCAUAGCGGGACUGGGUAGACGCAGCAGACUCAUCCUUGCCGAAGCGACCGACGCUAGGCGGUCGAAUAGAAGCAGCAGCAGUGAUGCCUUCUGCCAACAUGCUGGAAGCCGCCGGGUCGCCCAACUCUUCAGCAGUCCCCCCUGCCAGAACGACGCCGAGGUGCCAUGCGCGGGCAGGAAAGGUGUCCAGUCUACUUUUUGUGCUACUCCUCCUCCUCUCCCUGUCUUCGUCGUCGCAGCUCAGCACGCCUUUUAGUAGCGUCGCAGCAGCGGCUACCAGCGCUGAAGGAGCGAGGUCCGAGCUCGAUCCGCGCAACGUGCGCCAGCCGCAUCACCCGCAGCCGCGCACGUACGACAGUCACCACUACUACGCGGUCGAGCUGGCACCCGCAGAAACAGGUCUUUUUCAGCCGCUCGACGUCGCCGUAGCGCUUGGUGCGGAGCUCGUCGAGCGUAUCGGCGAGCUCGAGGGCCACUGGCUCGUGCGAUUUCCCAAAGCGCAGAUGCAGGCGCAAAAUAGUGCCGAGGGGCUCGUCGCUCGGACGGAUGAAGGGCUUGAGAUACAUGGGCACGGGGAGAGGCGCUGGAUCGACUACGAACUGCAUGAAGAUCCCGUCCUGAAGCGCUGGGACGGGCUCAAGACAAGGCCCGAGCUGGGGAAGCGGGCAGCGGCGGCGGCGGCGAUCCGCUCGGUCGAGCGGCAAGAACCGCGGCAGCGCACCAAGCGCAACGCCAUCUACUCUCCGUGGGACACACCGCACCUCUACGACCGAGGGCAUCAUGCCGGCGCGGACACGCCGUUAAUGCAAAGGGACCACGCGGAUUUUGACCCGCGCGCCGCGCGGCUGCCAUGGCCACGCCACAUUCCGGCACCAGAGGGUGCCAGUCCCGACCCGAGGGACGACCCUGACUUCCUUGCAUAUGCGCCUGUAGCAGCACAAGCAGGGACACCGCGGUUUAUCACGCGCAGUCGAGUUGUCGAUCGCCGGCACUACAGCGGAGAAGGUGGCGACGAAGCAGCUUCGUCUUGCAACUCUACACUAGCGUUGGCUGCGCUCACGCGCCGCCGUCCGCCGUUGAUACCAGACUCGCCGACGAUGCGCAUCGCGGACAAGUUCGACAUCCACGACCCCAUCUUCGCACAGCAGUGGCACCUUGCCAACGACAAGCGCAUCGGCUUCGACCUCAACAUCUCCGGAGUUUGGGAGCAAGGCAUCUUUGGUAGGGGGGUCAAUGUCGCGAUGAUCGAUGAUGGGAUCGAUAUGUAUUCAGACGACCUCAAGGAUAACUUCUACGCCGAAGGGUCGUAUGACUUCAACAACCACGUCCCCCUGCCUGAGCCGCGCCUCCCGGAAGACCAGCACGGGACGCGCUGCGCUGGCGAGAUCGCCGCGGUGAAGAACGACCGCUGUGGCGUUGGCGUCGCGUACAAGGCGCGCGUCUCCGGUCUACGCAUCCUCUCUGGGCCCAUCUCGGACGUCGACGAAGCGGCGGCACUCAACUACGACUACCAGCAGAACCACGUGUACUCGUGCUCGUGGGGCCCGCCAGACGAUGGGCGUAGCAUGGACGCGCCCAAAGGUCUUAUCGCCAAAGCGAUUCUCAACGGCGUGCAGAAUGGGCGCGCUGGCAAGGGAAGCAUCUUCGUCUUUGCCGGCGGCAAUGGCGGCGGGGCAGACGACCAGUGCAACUUUGACGGCUACACCAACUCGAUCUACACCAUGACCAUCGCCGCGGUCAACCGCGAAGGGCAGCACCCGUACUACUCAGAGAUGUGCAGCGCUAACAUUGCCACCUCGUGGUCCUCCGGCGCCGGCGAUCACAUCCACACGACCGACGUCACGCGCAACGGCAUACAGCGCUGCACCACCAUGCACGGCGGCACUUCCGCUGCGGCGCCACUCGUCGCGGGCAUCGCUGCGCUCGCGCUCGAGGCGCGUCCGGAACUCACAUGGCGCGACAUGCAGCACGUCGCUGUGCGCAGCGCGCAGAUGAUCAACCCGACCGACAAGGACUGGCAGCAGACGCAGGCGGGGCGUCACUACAACCACAAGUACGGCUACGGCAUAAUCGACGCGCACGCGUUCAUCGAGGAGGCCAAGCGCCACAAGCUCGUCAAGGCGCAAGCGUGGCUCGAAAGCCCCAAGCUCGAUAUCGAGCCGACGCGCACGCUCAUUCAGCAAGGGGGCGUCGAGAGCACGUUCAACGUCACCAAGGAGCUCCUGGUGCAGAACAACCUCGAGACCCUUGAGCACAUCACAGUCCGCGUCUGGAUUACCCACGAGCGCAGAGGCGACGUGCAGGUCGAGCUGACCAGCCCGCACGGCACGAAGAGCGUUCUUGCCAGGCCCAGGAGAUUCGACGGGGCCAAAACGGGCUUCCCCGGUUGGGGCUUCAUGACACUGAAGCAUUGGGACGAGAACCCAAUCGGACAGUGGAAGAUCCAGGUGUUCGACCGCUCGCAUCCCAAGCAGACUGGCAAUUUCCUCGCGUGGUCCAUGAUGCUCUGGGGUGCAAGUAUCGACCCUUCCAAAGCAAAGCAAUGGACCUUCCCGCCGGGUAGCAAAGAGGCUCAGAUCGAGUUGCCGGGCUAUCCAUCUGCCUCCAGCAGCGUCAGUGCCAGCGCCAAAGCAUCCGUCACCACGCAGCACGCCAAGCCCACCGCGCACCUUCCCAGCGAUCAUGGCACCGCGCACGGCGAGUCGCAUCAGGACUUCACCAAUGGCAUGGUGACUGACCCGACGACGCAGCAACCAGAGAAGCCCAAGGCUGACACGGGCUAUCUGGCCAACCUGCGCAAGAACAGCGGCACGUGGCUCUUUGUCGCUGCGGGUGUCGUCUUCAUCUUUGCAGGCAGCGUCGUCGCCUUCUUUGUCAUGCGGCGUAAGCGCUCGCCAGGUGGUGGUGGUGCGGGCGGCUCGGCCAGAUAUGAGUUCGUGCCCGAGGACGAAGACGUCGCGAUGGGAUCGCUGGAACGUGGCGGCGGUGCUGGUGGUGAGACGCGCGGCUCGAAGCGCGCACGCACCAAGGAGCUGUAUGACGCCUGUGGCGAUGUUGCUAGCGAGGAAGAGGACGAUGAACAGAACCAGUCUGGCCAUCAUACGUCACUCGCGCGUGGCAUCUAUCACGACGAUGAGGAGGAAGAAGAAGGCGACACGCGCUUCUCCAUUGGCGGACCCGGCUCGGCCAUCACGCCGACCAGUGCAGUCACCGCGGAGCGCUACCGCGACGAGCCCGAAGGUGACCGCGAUCCCGCGAUCCCGUCUUCGUCUGGCAACGACGAUGAGAAGCGCAGAGCCGAGGAGGACCUUCUGUUCGAUGUCGGCAAUGAAGAGGGCGAUGACGCAGGCAGUGGAGGGUCAUGGCAGGACGCCAAGUCAGAAAGUUGAAGCGACGACGGAGCAUGUACCAUAUACAGACUUUAUGCGCAAGAAGGGAUUAGAUUGCAGUA